CCCUCCCCCAGCACCACAACCGCCGGCGCCGCCAGAGGUGGAGGGCCGUGUUGCCAUGGUGAACGGGGAAGCAUCCCUCCUUCCCCCCAACGCCACCGGCAUGGGAGCUGGGCGGUGGCUACAGAGACAGUAUGCUGAUUCCUCCUUCAUUCAUGAAGCCUACAUCCAUGGACACAGACUUUCCCAAGGAAGCUUUUUGGCACAGAAGAAUGUGCCUCUACUGGACUACAUGCUAUAAGGUGAGUGUUGUGCCUGGUGAUCCCCCUCAGACCCACUAGCCAUGCCAGGGAUUGUGGUGUUCCGUCGUCGCUGGUCUGUAGGCAGUGAUGACCUUGUUUUGCCGGCCAUCUUUCUCUUCGUCCUUCAUACCACUUGGUUCAUAAUCCUUUCUGUGGUGCUCUUUGGACUGGCAUACAAUCCCAAUGAAACCUGCUCUCUCAACCUGGUGGACCACGGCAGAGGCUAUCUGGGUAUUUUACUCAGCUGCAUGAUAGCAGAAGUCGCAAUCAUCUGGCUCAGCAUGCGUGGCAGCAUCCUGUACACAGAACCCCGGGACUCAAUGCAAUAUGUGCUGUACGUCAGACUGGCCAUCCUGGUGAUUGAAUUCAUCUAUGCUAUUGUGGGCAUUGUUUGGUUAACCCAGUACUACAGCUCCUGCAAUGAUGUUACUGCCAAGAGUGUCACUUUGGGAAUGGUCGUCUGCAACUGGGUCGUCAUUCUGAGUGUUUGCAUCACUGUCCUAUGCGUCUUUGACCCAACAGGGCGGACCUUUGUCAAACUACGAGCCACAAAGAGGAGGCAACGGAACUUGAGAACAUACAACUUGAGGCACCGUUUAGAAGAAGGGCAGGCUAGCAGCUGGACCCGACGGCUCAAAGUUUUCCUUUGCUGCACACGUACAAAAGAUUCCCAGUCAGAUGCUUACUCUGAAAUUGCAUAUCUCUUCGCUGAGUUUUUCCGAGACCUUGACAUAGUCCCAUCUGACAUCAUAGCAGGCCUGGUACUUCUCCGCCAACGGCAGAGAGCAAAACGCAGUGCAGUACUAGAUGAAGCAAACAAUGAUAUUCUAGCCUUCUUGUCGGGAAUGCCAGUAACCAGGAACACCAAAUAUUUGGAUCUGAAAAACUCACAAGAGAUGCUGCGAUACAAAGAAGUUUGCUAUUAUAUGCUCUUUGCAUUGGCUGCUUAUGGCUGGCCCAUGUACCUGAUGAGAAAGCCUACCUGUGGACUCUGUCGCUUGGCCGGUUCCUGCUCAUGCUGCUGCCUCUGCCCCACUCGGCCCCGCUAUGCACCUGGUGUCACUAUUGAGGAAGAUAAUUGCUGUGGCUGCAAUGCUAUCGCGAUUCGUCGCCACUUUCUGGAUGAAAACAUGGCCUCUGUGGACAUCGUGUAUACUUCAUGUCAUGAUGCGGUUUAUGAAACUCCCUUCUACGUGGCUGUAGAUCAUGAGAAGAAGAAAGUGGUCAUCAGUAUCCGAGGAACUUUGUCUCCAAAGGAUGCUCUGACUGAUCUGACUGGAGAUGCUGAGCGCCUCCCAGUAGAAGGUCAUCAUGGAACCUGGCUAGGCCAUAAGGGGAUGGUGCUGUCUGCUGAGUACAUCAAAAAGAAACUGGAGCAGGAGAUGGUGCUCUCUCAAGCCUUUGGGCGUGAUUUGGGCAGAGGAACAAAACAUUAUGGCCUCAUUGUGGUGGGCCAUUCCUUAGGGGCUGGCACAGCCGCCAUUUUGUCCUUUCUGCUGCGUCCACAGUACCCAACUCUAAAGUGCUAUGCCUACUCUCCCCCAGGUGGCCUUUUAAGUGAAGAUGCCAUGGAGUACUCCAAAGAGUUUGUGACUGCAGUUGUGUUGGGCAAAGACCUAGUCCCCAGGAUUGGCCUCUCACAGCUGGAAGGAUUUCGCCGGCAGCUUCUUGAUGUUCUGCAGAGAAGUAACAAACCAAAGUGGAGAAUCAUUGUGGGUGCAACAAAAUGCAUACCCAAAUCUGAGCUCCCUGAAGAGCUUGAAGGGAAUUCAGUGACCAGUAACCGCCUCUGGACCCACCCCAGUGACUUAACCAUUGCCCUGUCAGCCAGCACACCACUCUAUCCCCCUGGGCGUAUCAUCCAUGUGGUUCAUAAUCACCCUGCUGAGCACUGCUGCUGCUGUGAUCAGGAGGAACCCACAUACUUUGCCAUUUGGGGAGACAACAAGGCAUUUAAUGAAGUGAUAAUUUCCCCAGCGAUGCUACAUGAACACUUGCCAAAUGUGGUAAUGGAGGGUCUUAACAAGGUCCUGGAGAAUUACAACAAGGGCAAAACAGCUUUGCUUUCUGCAGCCAAAGUGAUGGUGAGUCCUACAGAGGUGGACCUCAACCCGGAGUUAAUCUUCCAGAAUCAGCCUCUCUCUAGUAGACCCUCUGUGCAGAUUGGAAUUGGAGACAUAGCAGUGGACAGAAGGAACAGCAGCACUAAGAGUAAGGCUCACUCUGAAAUCAGUUUGGAAGGGUUUUAUGAGACCAAGCUUUUAUCUCCAGUGCAGAAGGAUCCCGUGGAGAUCCUGCUUCUAGAUACCAAGGAGCGCCUGUCUGUAGAACUGCAGGACCGGCGCGCUCCUCUUGCCACAAUGGAGAGCCUGUCUGAUAAUGAAUCCAUCUACAGCUUUGAUUCAAGGCGUUCGUCUGGUUUUCGUAGCAUCCGCGGCUCACCCAGCCUCCAUGCAGUCAUGGAAAAAGAUGAGACUCACUGUUUUUAUAUUGAUCCAGCAAUCCCUGAGGAGAACCCCUCCCUCAGCUCCAGGACAGAACUGCUUGCUGCUGACAGCCUCUCCAAACACUCCCAGGAGACUCAGCCUCCUGAGGCCCUGCACAACAGUGGAGGCACCACUCCUCAGCGGCGAUGUAGUGAUGAAGGGGCUGGCAGUGAUACUGACCAUGUUUCCUUCACACCUCGGGAGGAACUGACUCUCCAGAAUGGGAGGCUCAGUGAUGCCCCCAGUCCCCAAGUUUUGGAGUUUGCAGAGUUUAUAGAUAGCCUCUUUAACCUGGACAGCAAAAGUAGCUCCUUCCAGGACAUCUACUGCAUGAUGGUAUCGGACAGCACCAGUGACUUCGCUGAGAUGCCCAAGUCUGUCAGUGAACAGGAGAUCCUCCUAAGAGCACAGUAUGAGCCCAACCUAGUCCCAAAGCCCCCCAGGUUAUUUGCGGGCUCAGCAGAUCCCUCCUCAGGCAUAUCAGUUUCCCCUUCUUUCCCUCUGAGUUCUUCUGGGGAGCUUAUGGACAUCACUCCUACAGGAAUGAGUAGCCAAGAAUGCCUGGCCACUGACAAAAUCCGGACUUCCACUCCCACUGGAAAUAUGACCAGCCCCGCCAAACAAGAGGACCUUGUGAUCUCAGCCCUCUAGUAUAGGAGAGGAGGGCCCAAAUAGCCAAUCCCAUACAGUGAGUCAUGGGAUAACACUUGGAGGAGCUGGUCACUGGGCAGGUGAGAGUUGGGGAAGAUGCAUGGGGAAGGGUGGCAACCCUUCCUAGGUGCUAUGUUUACAGCACCACAAAGGAUGUUAGCAUGAAGAAUGCCACACCUUGGAACCUGUCCUUUAGUUAGGGAGAAAAUCACUGCCUAACACAGUCUGCUGCUUUUGGAGGGCCUCGUUCACUGAAGUUAGAUGGUUGGUUUCCCUACCUCAGCAUAUUUGUUUAACAAGAGGGCAGAUUCCCUGCCUUUCCUGCUGAAAUGAGGAAGUUAUUGUUCACAGACUAGAGGACCAGAGUUACAGAAGCUGAGAGGUCAGCUAAUGUCCCUAUAAUCAUGUCAGAAUCAAGGAAAUUGUGACUUUGGGCCCUAUUGCACUAGUGUGUCAUGUUUGACCCAAGCACCUGUUCAUCGUUGUCAUCAUUGUGAUUUUUUUUAAUUAGUUACAUUCUCCUGUUUAUAGCCAUUAAGGCUGUAUUCCAAAGGAAUGCAGCCAUCCACCUCCUUGCCGUGACUGGGUGCAGUGAAAAUUGGGGUGGGGCUGUGUGUUUGCUCCCCUAAUUAGCUCUGUGUUCAGUGAUAACCAGACUUCUUCUGAGAAGAAAGAAAGUACAUGUACUGGAGUGUUGAAGGCCAUUUCUGCAUUUUCUCAUCCAUUGGAGGGGUGAGAGGUCUUUUGGGUCUCACAGCAUUGCUUAGAUCACUAUGAACUAGUGACAGUCUUGCUCUAACUAACAUAAUUUUCAUCUCUGUUUGCAUGGAUUGAUUAGUUUAAAUUAGCUUUUGUUAUUCAAGAUGCUUGCCAAUGCCCUGCAUUAUUCCCCAGAUUUUUGUGUCAAGACCUCCUUCAUCCCCAUUCACGAUCUUUCAUUCACCUGCAGUAUCACGGCAGGCCAGUGCCGGUCUGUCCCUGAGUUCAGGGAAAAGAUGGACUUUUGCUGCAUGUUGAAGUCUCAUAAAUGUUUACAGCGCUACUAAGCAUUUCAGAGGUAUUAAAUGGACAGGAAAUCCAUGCCUGAGUGAGGAGAAUGUUCUCUCUGUCCCUUCACAUCACUCCCCCUCAACAUGGGACCUGAGACAACUAUGGGAUGGGCAGGAAGUAUUGUUAUUACAAAUCCUUAUUAGAAAGGACAGAGUGCUGGGAUUAAUCCUCUGGGUAGGUAUGCCUUCACCCACCCUAAUAUCAAGAGUUUAACAACAUCACCUGACUGUACAACAUUUCAUGAGUUAUAAAAUUGCAUCUCAACCACUAGUCCUGCAACUUGGUGCUCAUGACUGAGAUCUUCAGUAGUCAUGACAACACAGUGGUGCUGUGUAAAACUGCAGGGAUUUUCUAGUGAUGAAAGUAGGAGUGAAAGAACAUUUACAUAGGAAGUUAAGCUUACUGCGACUUACAGUCCUUUUAUUGUACUAAUAUAUAUAUAUCAGGAUGUGGCAUUAAUGUGGCAGGAGAAUUCAUAUUGCUGGCCUGUUCAGCAUGCAGCCUUUGGGCUGUAUGCGGUAUAUUAGCCGUGCAUUGCAGCCCAUUUAUCAAGGUCCUUCCUUGAUAAAUCUCCUGGCUUUGCAGACUCAGGUCCCCAAGUAGGCUGACAAAACUGAGGGAGCUCUCAAAUUCAUGGCGAGCGCCAUUUGUGAAGAACUGCGGAAGAGUGGGAGGAUUUCUACUGUUCUUGGUGACUAAUAGUGCAAUACUAUGCUUGUCUACUUGGAAGUAAGUUCCACUUGGUUCAGUGGGAUGCACUUGCAGGUACAUGUGCUUAGAAUUGCAGCCUUAGUUCUAUUACCCAAGGACACUCAAUAUUUCAAGCUGUUGCCUUGCAUAUUUUAAUGCUUCUGGGCAUACUUGCUCAGAAACAUGUCUCCAUUGAACUCCAUGGGAUUUCCUUCUGAGUAAACAUGCACAGAUUAAGCAGCAAAUAUGUUGGUGUAAAACAAUACCCUUAUGUUGCAUUAAUGUAAAUUCGGAAUGGGGAAUGUGUUGUGAAACUACAACUCCCAUCAACCCUAGCCAGCAUAGCCAAUGGUGAGGGGGAUGGGAAUUGCAUGCAGCCCACCAGCAUCUGACAUGCUACACAUUUCCAUCCCUGAUGUAAAUGAUUUACAGUAUGUAGUGUGCUAGUGAAUUGAGGCCUGUUGAUUUAAAAUGCUGGCAUUCAACCUUCAAGUAGUUAUGCAUUGGAAAUAGAAAAGUUUUAAUUUAUAAAAUCCUGCCAAUUUUAUGUCUAUCCAGUCUGUCUUAAUAGUUUAAAUGAUCCCCUUUUGCCAACAACUUCGCAGUUUUGAAGAAUUAUUUCCAGCUUCUAAACAUUAUUACAAAAUGUAUGUAGAUUUUGUUGAAGAAUGACAGUGUAAUCCUAUACACAUCUAGUCAGAUGUAAGUUCCAUUGAGUUCAAUGGAUUUGCUCCCAGGAUAUAGGAUUGCAGCCUUAGUUACCAUUUUUAUAGUCACUACAAAAACAGUUGUUUUGACUCAUUUUGGUGGUCCUAAGACAGCUGCUAGCCAGAACUAGGCUGACAAUAUACUCUUCUUCACUGAAGACACAAUGAGAACAUGUGUGUGGUUAGAGGUAAAUUCACAGAAGUUUUCAGAUAUUUUUGUUGGGAAAGCACAUAAUAAACUGCAACAUUUAUGAUGAAAUUGGGGAGGCAGGGUGUUGCAGAGGUACCUGUAGUAGGUUAGGUUAACCAAGCUGGGCAGUCUCCUUGAGGUCUGGUACAGCUCAAGCAGUCUGUUAAACGUGCAGAAACAUUGCCUUGUGAAUUGAGCUAUGAUCCAGUGCUAAUACUUAGCACCUAGAGGCGCUUUAAACUUCAAAGCACUUUAUAAAUAAAAUGAAUGAAUCUUCCCAACUCUUGUGGGUCAUGGGAAUGUGGGGUGGGGAAAACGAAGGGUGUGUGUGUGUGUGUGUGUGUGUGCGCGUGCAUGCGUGCAGCAUAUCUACUGUAUUAUUACAUGGAGGCAGUGCUGUCUCUGAAAAUCUACCAAGGCCAACUGAAAGCAGUUCCUUGCCUUAGGAGAUUACUUUAGGACUGGAGUGCAAGGUUUGAAGAUAACUAGGCAAUUGAUGCAGCUUUGCUUGGAAAAGGUUUUAAUUUGUUAUUUCAGUGGUGAUUAGAUUGUGAAUGAUGGAUCAAGCUAUUGCACUACAGUGUCACGCCUAACCUGAGCAUCAUUUCACUAUUGUUUCAUUGGUUUUGUUUGUUUUGUUACUCUUAGGCCAGAUCUACACCAAGCAGGAUAUGACACUUUGAAAACGGUUUGAAAACUGUAUAUGGAGUGUGUCCUGGGCUCCAACAGUUGUCACUACUGAUACAAACCAUUUUAAAGCAGUAGUGUAAAUCCUGCCUUAGUUUUAAAGCUGUUUGAUUGUGUCCUAAGAGAGUGUUUCUUGCCCUCUUCCUUGUCAAUGGUAGGAGGAAUCAGAUCUUAACUGUGGUUGUCCCAGAAUGUCUGUGUGUUCUGUGACUGUUGGGCUUUUGCCCAGAAGAAGAAAAAUACACAAAUUCUGUUGACUCACAUUUUUGCACUGACCAAGAAAGACUAGAGUGAAAUGGGAGCUGACAUUGUUCAUUUAUUUGCUGCAUCACAUCAUAACAUCCUAUUCAAACUGUUUACCAUUUUCUUGAGUAAAUGGGUCUCCUAGCAUUUGUUGGUGUUUUUAAUGUAAAUCCAUCAGCAAUUCCCAGGUACACCUUGAUCUUUUUUUUUUUUUUUACUAUUACCAAUAUACAUUCCAAUUGUAGUGAACAACUAGAAACUAACAUACUGCUGACAUACACACUGACUGGCCUGUUGAGUAUGAUGCCUAAACACAUUGCUACCUCUUUCAUUCACACUACAUACUGCUGUUUGAUAUAUCCAUAUUCCCUGUGCUCUGAUCAAUUGAUUUUCAGACUCUUCUGCCAAGUUUUGAAAGUCAGGGCCACUCCUGUACUCAUCCAACAUGAGUCGGAUGAAUUUUGGGUGGAAUUGAACCACUCUACUGAGCAGAGUGAGACAGUUAAUUUAAACUUAGAAGCUGGAUUUUGUGCACUUUAACAAUGGAAAAAAUAUGAUCAAAAGCCCCAUAAAUAUGCUGAUGCAACUUUGCCAAAGAUGCCCUCAGACAGGAUAUUUUCCAGUUGACACUUUAUGAUUUAAUGCAUCUUAAAGCACUUCUGUGGCACAUUUUAACAAUGGGAAUCUUUUAAUGACUUUAGGUGGCCAUAAUGGAAUGUAAAUCAAGAAACAUGUACAGAAAACACAUCAAGCAUUAAGCCUUUGGGAGGUGGGGGGAUGCAUUUUGGUCCACUCUUUCCAU